AUGACAACAGUGGCGAAGAGUGUCUACGACGAUUUCUCAGCUCCAACACCAUUUCGAUCAGCGCGAGUUAUUGUUGAAGGUCGCUCAGUGUAUGUGAAUCCUGGUUGGCUUGCUGAAUUUUCAAACUUUUUCGCCACCAUGUUUUUCGGUAAAAGUGCGGAUGAAGAUUUAACUCUCGGCGUUGAAAUUUUUAUAAAUCGUAUAAGUCGGUUGGGAGCAAGUUUUGAUUCGUUAAUGACAACUAUGCUAAGAUAUAUGGAACAAGUACGUGUCCUAGCAUGGCACAUUUAUGUGAAUCGUCGAGAAUGCAGUGAUAGUAGUAAUAAUGGUAGAAUUCAUAUGAUAGUACAUACUAUCGCUACAAUUAGAGUAAUAGCUUUUAUCACUUGUUGGAUGCAAAGACAUGUCCGACAAAAAUUAUUUACUAAUCCACUUUUUCGUAGUGCUAUUAUGACUUUAGAUAUAACUGCUUCGUCAACAGAAUCAAAAUACAUAAUAGUAACAUUGUCAUCAUUUCCAUGGGGACGUUACUUUUCUAAUGUCAUCGUUGUUUUGAAAAUGGCCCAUUAUUUUGGAAUGAAAUCUGUAAUCGAGGAAUGUGAAGAUAUUAUUGUUAAACAGGCAAGUACGUUGGAUAGAGUGAAAUUAUUUCAAAUUGCAUGUGCUGUUGCCGAGCAUGAUCGCUACUCUCCAACUAUGACAUUACUUAUCGAUAAACUUUCCGCUAUGAAACGAGAAGAACUAUCAAAAUUGCAUUUCUCACAGGUGCCAGGCGAUGUUGUAGCUGAUGUAUUCGCCGCAAAAAUGAAACGACGCGAGAUGAAACGGAAGAAGUGGUGUUGUUUGUCAUGA